AUGAGCUUUAGGUCAAACAGGAAACCAGGUGCCCAGCGGGAGGCAGCACGUCCUGGUAGACCAGGCUCUUCCUUUUCUGGUGCUGAGGUCAGUGGGUGCCGGCUCUCCACAGGCCAGGAAGGUGGAGGCCAGUCCCCGGCAGCCAGGCUGGAGGAGGAGGGGGAGGAACCACUGCAGAGCUCAGCCCCCCACACUCAGGAUGUGUCCCUCCUGCACGCUGUCUCCGGGGAGAAGCCACCAUCGGACAUCCCUGGAGAAGCAGGUGGGGCUGAUGCUGGGAGAGAGCGCCAGCCCCCGGGCCCGGGGACUCCCCACAGAGGCAGGACUCUGGCUCCACUAAGACCCCAGCCUCAGGGGCCAGGGUGUCCCCUCCCAGUGAGAGAGGGGAAGGCAGGGAGGAGGCCCUCCUCUCCAGCUCCAGGUAAGCAGAAAAAGCCCAGCACUGGGGGCCUGGCCUCUGCAUCGUCUCCCAGUGUCACCAACUCAGCAAGGACCACGUACAACCCCGUGCCUUGUGGGUCCGGCCGGGGGUCCUGCCACCUGGCCAACCUCCUCAGCACGUUAGCCCAGAACAACCAAACAGCAGACCCAAAGAAGAAGUCUCCAGAAGUGACCUGCCAAGGCCGGAAAAAGACUCGAACCCUCUACCGCUCAGACCAGCUGGAGGAGCUGGAAAGGCUCUUCCAAGAAGACCACUAUCCGGACAGCGAUAAGCGGCGGGAGAUCGCCCAGACGGUGGGGGUCACGCCCCAGCGCAUCAUGGUGUGGUUCCAGAACCGCAGGGCAAAGUGGCGGAAAGUGGAGAAGAUGAAUGAGGAGACCAAGGACACCCCUGCAGGCCCUGCCCCCACCCCCGCCAGCCACCAGUGUGGUUCUGCAGCUGAGCUGGCCCCUGCUGUGCGCGCGGACCCAGAGCCUGGAACCUUCCCUCAGGAGCCCCCUCUGGAUCCCCUUCCAGAGCCCCCCACAGUGCUGACAUCUGACCAGACACGGACCCCAGCCCAACAGAGUGAGGGUGCUCAGAGGGUGGCGGUGACCCCACCACUCUUCAGCCCCCCACCUGUACGAAGGGCCAACCUUCCUUUUCCCCUUGGCCCCGUCCAAACCCCUGAGCUGAUGCCUCUGCUGCUGGACACUCCAGGCAGUGACGGCAGCCACAAGGAUGACCCCUGUGGGUCGUGGGGGACAAGCAUCACACCACCCACUGCCUGCUCAUUCUUGGAGGAGCUGGAACCCCAGGAUUACCAACAAAGCAAUCAGCCGGGACCUUUCCCGUUCUCCCAGGCCCCACCGCCCCCGCUUUUGCAGCAGCCCCAGCCCCAGUUUCCGUACCUGCCUCCCUUCCCCUUCCACACGCCCAGCUCACUGGCGCCUCCGCUGCCAGAAGACUCUCUCUUUGCGUGGUCCUAUGGCCCCAUCGGGGGCCCAUGCCAGGGCGGCUUCCCGGGCCCUCCAUCCGGGCAGACGCUGCUGCAGCCACCCUCUGGGAGCAUGGGUGCAGUCCCCUGGAAUGACCCCUGCGUGCCAGACCUGCCCUUCCUGGGUCCCUUCUGCCCGCAAGCUCUGGGCGCCCACCUGGCAGGUGAUGGCUACUUCCCGGAUCUGUUGACGGCCCCCUAUGGCCCGGCUUUAGGCUGCCAGCCUUCCCCCGGCCUUGCCCGGGUGCCUGAAGGGGCCAGGCCGGGGCCCGGGCCCCCACUCAGCAAGGGCCGGGAGGGGCUGCCGGCCGCCUCUGUGGAGCUGCCCUCAGCCCCUGAAGGCCAGGAGGAUGACGAGGACAGCCCCAGCCCCUAGCCGUGGGCCCAGGAGGGAGAGGCCACCCUGCCAGAGGGGCUGGGGCGCCACCGACGCCGAGGAGAUGGCGGCUAAGUGUCAGGAAAGACUGGACUCUACUGAGAGGGCGAAGUCGGACAUUUCCCCCCUUUGUGGGCUCAUUUUUCUGGACACGGAUUUGAGAAAGAAGAGGGCUGGCCCUGCCCCUUGCCCACACCUCUAGGCUGUGGUCCUGAAGAAAGAGGAGGGCCCGUGUGACCUCUGGAUAUUAUAUCAGUUUGUGUUGUUUCUUUUCCUUGCUACACAGAUGAGCCAGCAUGUCCACUGUCAGCAGUAAAUUAGUCUGUUCUCGGGUUUCUCUCCGUAACUGUGUCUCCCCACUCACCCAGCUAAGCGAAGUGCUCCACGUCCUUCACUGCCUCCCUCGCAGCUGACCAGCUGCGGCUCUGGUCCUGGGCGUCCUGGGCCUCCUUCCUGGGCCCACCUCUCCUGCUGGAGAAGGAGUUACUAUCUUGGGCCUUGUCUUCAGUCCUGCCGUGAAACCAUGUUCUCGUCCCAAACCCAGAACCGAACCCGAGCGCCGGCCCUUCUCUGGAACU